AUGUCGAACACAACUACAAUCACUCCAGAAGAAAUCCAAGCUUUGGACUUGGACCUUAUGACAGCCCCAAAUAUCAAAUAUAUUAGCAUUGCUGCUUUGACCCUAUUUGCCUGGGACCUGAUCCUUACUUUUCCACACGAGUAUAGACUAUGGAACGCCAAGUGGACGCCUGCAAAAGUUCUAUUUUUUGUGAAUCGAUACUUUGCGCUUGGGACAGCUAUCCUAAUAACAUUUUUGACAUUCGACGUUACACCCACAUUGGCCACAUGUAAGCUCAGACACUUUUAUCCCCUAACCUCCCUCAUAGAAAUGUCAGGCUCUGCAAAUACCCUCUUUGCUGUUAUCGCUUUGUUACUAGUGGCCAACAUUGAAAUGAUUCUCCAACUUCGAUUAUACGCGUUGUACGCCUAUGAUAAAAGAAUUGUCCUCCCUGUGUCAGCAUUGUUCGUCGCGGUCUUCAGUGGCAUGAUGGUGAUGGCAGUAAUCAUAUACCAGUAUGAGAAGAAUCACGAAGCUCAGAUCUUUGGCGCAUGCGCUAUACUUGGAUCUGUGGAUUGGCUGUAUCUUUUCUGGGUACCAAUGAUGGGCUUGGACUUUGUCCUUGUCCUGUUAGCAGGCUACAAAUCCCUUCAGCACUAUUUCCAGGUACCAGACAAGAACUGGUCUGGUGCACGUCUUAUGCGUGCCUUUGCGCGAGACUCGAUUCUUUAUUUCCUCUGUAACUUUUUAGUAUACCUAUUCAGUACCUUGCUGGGAAAAUUCGGUCCUGUUGAGUAUUAUCAACUUGGCGCGAUCACGAUCACAAUUAUCCCACCUGUGUCGGCGAAUCGUCUCCUCAUCAAUAUGUACAACUCAGUACACACCGAGGAAGAAGAGAUAGAUAGAAAGAGAGUACACUACAACGUAGAGCUCGUACCCAUGAGUAUGGGAAGUUCGCUCGAGGUGUAG